GUGGCUGCUCGGGUGCAGGGCUGUGACGGUUGGGCUUUGAGCGGGGGCGCGAGGCGCGUUGUCAUGGAGCCGCGGCUGAGCGAGCUGUUCGGGGGUUUCCCGGGCCCUGCCGCAGGGGCCAUGCCGCCCGGUGGACGGGGAGCGCCCGCUGCUGCGCCGCUCUCCGUUACUUCCUGCUGCAGGCGCCCGUCACGGCAGACCGCCGCCACCAGCGGCCGAGCCCGGGGCCCGACUCCCGGCCGGGCUCCAGCUACAGCCCCAGGCCUGGCGGGCGGGCCCUUAGCCUGUGGACUGGCUCAUAAAAACAAUAAGGUCCCGCCCGCGGCCCCGAAAGGACCGCACAAGAAAACACGCAGCCGGCCCCGGGGCCGCAACAACCCGCCCUUCCUCCCGCCAGAGGCUGAAGAGGGAAACAUUGAAUACAAGCUAAAGUUGGUGAAUCCUUCCCAGUAUCGCUUUGAACACCUGGUCACGCAGAUGAAAUGGCGGUUGCAGGAGGGUCGAGGAGAAGCUGUCUAUCAGAUCGGGGUCGAGGACAAUGGUCUCCUGGUCGGCCUGUCUGAGGAGGAGCUCCAAGCCUCUCUGAAAACACUCCGCAGAAUGGCUGAAAAGGUUGGAGCAGAUAUCACAAUCCUUCGAGAGCGUAAUGUGGAAUAUGACAUGGACUCACCCAGGCGGAUAGCUGAGGUUUUGAUCCGGAAAGUUCCCGAUGAUCAACAGUUUCUUGACCUGCGGGUGGCAGUUCUGGGCAAUGUGGACUCAGGGAAGUCAACCUUGCUGGGUGUCCUGACGCAAGGCGAGCUGGAUAAUGGCCGUGGGCGAGCACGCCUGAACCUUUUCAGACACCUGCAUGAGAUCCAGUCUGGCCGAACAUCAAGCAUCAGCUUCGAGAUCCUGGGGUUCAACAGCAAGGGUGAGGUAGUGAAUUACAGUGAUUCCAGGACAGCAGAGGUCAUCUGCGAAAGUGCCUCGAAAAUGAUCACCUUUAUUGACCUGGCAGGGCACCACAAGUACCUAAAGACUACAAUCUUUGGCCUCACAAGCUACUGUCCGGACUUUGCUAUGCUUGUUGUCAGUGCCAAUACGGGCAUAGCUGGUACUACACGUGAACACCUGGGCUUGGCCAUGGCUCUCAAAGUGCCUUUCUUCAUUGUCAUCAGUAAAGUCGACUUGUGCUCAAAGGCCACCAUUGAUCGCACAGUCAAACAGCUGGAGCUGGUCCUGAAACAGCCAGGAUGUAACAAAGUUCCCCUGCUCGUGUCGAGCAGUGACGAUGCAGUAACCGCCGCUCAGCAGUUUGCACAGUCUCCCAGCAUCACUCCAAUCUUCACCCUGUCGAGUGUGAGUGGCAUCAACCUGGACAUGCUGAAAGUAUUUCUCAAUGUGCUGCCACCACUAACAAACAGUAAGCAACAGGAGGAGCUCAUGCAGCAGCUGACUGAGUUUCAGGUUGAUGAAAUCUACUCUGUCCCUGAUGUGGGCACAGUUGUCGGUGGGACGUUGUACAGUGGCAUUUGCAGAGAAGGUGAGCAGCUGGUUGUGGGCCCCACAGACAAUGGCAAGUUCCUGCCUCUGAAAGUGUGCAGCAUCCAGCGAAACCGUUCUGCCUGUCGAGUGCUGAGAGCAGGACAAGCAGCCACUCUGGCCCUGGGCAACUUUGACAGAGCCCUUCUGCGCAAGGGCAUGGUAAUGGUGAGUCUCGAGAUGAACCCCACAGUCAGCUCCCUGUUUGAAUCCGAGAUUGUACUGCUUUUCCAUGCAAAGACUUUCCGUAAGGGAUUCCAGGUGACGGUGCACGUUGGCAAUGUACGGCAGACUGCCACUGUGGAACUAAUCCACGGCAAGGAGGAUUUGAGAACAGGGGAGAAAGCUGUGGUCCGUUUCCGUUUUAUUAAACAUCCGGAGUACCUGAAAGUGGGAGCCAAGCUGCUGUUCCGGGAAGGAGUGACGAAAGGGAUUGGUCACGUGACGAAUGUUCUGGCUGAGCUGGAGUGCUGAGUGUCUGUGUACUGGAGAGCACAGUUCCCUGGGAUCAUCUCACAAGGCAAUGUCAGUGAACCGAAGACUGCGUUCAGCAGCAGCAGCUGCUCCCAUUCAAACACAAUGUUUAACUGUGUCUGUGACUCAGCUUUGAGGCAACCCCGGUAUCUCCAACCCAAUGAAAGAUUGGAGCACCCUUUACUGAGUGCCCUUGCUGGAAAAGUUCGUGUCCCUGCUUUCUCAAUCCAACUUUCUCUCACUCUGCACCUCUCAUCCAUCUGCUAAUUUAUCACUAGUGCUGCCUGCCGAAGCUGCACAUCAGCUCAUACCUGGGAGCUUUAUGCGCUGCUCCUGUUUGCUUCCUCUGGAGCUUUAGGCUGGAGUAUUGUAUUGUGGAAUGUGUUCAGUGAGGCCUUUUUCACAGCCUUGAAUUUGGCUUUGAUUGGCAAAGCUAGACAUCGCAAUGAUAUUCUGCCAAAGUAAAUGCUGCCUGGUAACAACAGAGUCCUCAAUAGCACAGAGGGAGCUUUACUCAGUACCUUAUGCUGUGCUGACCCUGCCCUGGAAGUGUUUGAUGAGAGCAGUAAGGAGGGAGCUUUACUCUGUAUUUAACCCUGUUAUUAGCCCAAUCCUGGGAGGGUUUGAUGGAGACAGAAUGGAGGAAUGUUACUCUAUGUUUAACUCCGUGCUGUCCCUGUCCUGGGAGGGUUGGAUGGGAACAGGAUAGAGAGAGCUUUACUGUGUAUCCACCCCUGUGCUGGGAUAGUCUUUUCUGGGUGGGUAUUGAGGAUUGGGUCACCCUUUGCAAGGAGCUGUUGGAGAAUAAAACCCAGGUAAAGAUAGCAAUAGAAGGGGUAAGGAGACCAAAGGGGACGUCUCCUUAGUUAGCCCUGCACCCAGUGUUGUGCAGUAGGUCUGCUGUUGGUUUUUAGGGGGUGUCCUGCUGCUUCGGGGCAUGACUUCACUUUUACUGAGUCCAGUCAGUGCCUUCUAAUGGUAGAUGUUAGUUAUCAUGUGUGAUAUAGGUCAGUUCAUGUAUAUUGUGUUCUGUAUAUAACAACAGAUGUACAGAGAAAUUUGUUUUAAAUAAAAUUUUAAUUCACA